ACGUGUGUGAGCCUAUCAUUACCAUUUCGCGCGUUUUGAUGAUUGCAUAGCUUUGGUGUUUUCUUGUACAAAGUAUUAUUAUACGCAUUUAAACAACAUGAACGAUUCUUUUGGUGAUUUCAAUGCCACACAAACGGCCACGGCAGGCGCCACAAAGGAAUCUUCCGGCGAGGGCAUUAUUUCACUGCUGGUGAAGCAAAUACUUGAUUCACCCGAAGGCAAUUUUAAGAUGUUCGAUGUAACCUACGCUUUGGUGUGUGUCGUGGGAAUAGUGAGGAACAUCGAAACAUCGUCGACAAAGAUUACCUAUUCUUUGGAGGAUCACAGUGGACGCAUCGAUGCACACUACUGGCUGGAAGAAGGCGAUGCGGUCAAAGCGCCCGAUGUCAUGAUCAAUAACUACGUCAAAAUCUAUGGCUCGGUACGCCCGCAGGCAGGCCAAAAGGUUUUGAUGGUCUUUAAGCUGAUCAACGUGCUGGAUCCCAAUGAAGUGUGCACCCACGUACUGGAGGCUUUGCACUCACGUUAUAAGGCCGAGGAGUAUCACGUGAAAGGCAAUUCGUCACAUGCUCCAAGCAAUACGCUCAUGAGCAAUGUGUCAGCUAGUCAGAGUAAUGCAAUUGUUGCUGGUCUGGAUAGCAAGCAGCUGGCUGUCUUCCAGGCGAUCAAGAGCAACUGCUCCGAGGAAGGCAUAAAUAGACGUGAACUCAAAGCCAAGUUCUCGCAAAUAAGUCAAACUGAAUUGAACAAUAUUUUGGACUUCAUGAUCUCCGAGGGACAUAUUUACUCCAGCAUCGAUCCGGAUCACUUUAUAUGCACAAUGUAGUAAUCAAGAUUAAUCAUAAUAUUCCAUAAACUAUAUAUACAUUUGUAAAACAAUCGAAUACGAGUCGAAAAUUGCGUUAAAAUGUUGAUUUAAAGCAUUUAACCCU